AUGUCCAGGAUGACGACCAGGAAUGGAGGGGUUCGUCACACGGACACUUUGGCUGGUAAUGCUCUAGACAAGGCUAAGGAGGUGUCUGCUGCUGUUGACGCUUCAGCAUCCUCGGCUGUCAAACGUACGUCGGACUUGUUUACAGAGACGGACAAGGACGCGCUUCAGCCGGGAGUGACGGCGCAGCGUGUGCAGGAGGCUGCACGGAGUUUGAUGGGAUCAGCGGUCCCUGCUGCAACGGCGGCUUCUACAGAUGGUGCUGAUAAGCCUGUACCUGCAGAUGUCUUCAAGCCGGAGGUGACGCGGGUACAGGCGACUCUGCGCGCGCUUUUCACUCUGUGGAAGAAGGAGCUGAAAUUUGAGAUCCAAGGCGAGACAAAGUUUCAGGAGUUAUCUGUGGUGAACCUGAACAAGAAGCAAUACAGUCGGCUGCAAGUCACCUUUGAGCGGGCUCGGGACGCGAACUUCGUCUGGAAGCACGGUAUUGUGCACGUGUGUCUGGAUGGAAAGCGGAUCAGCCUCGACUGGCAGCACCCGGUGGAUCCUGCGUACGUGAAGGCACGAGCUGCAGACCCAACGUUGGUGGAAGUCCUGUUUAAGGAGGUGGAUGCCGUUAUCACGCCUGAGAUGCUGCGGGAAAUGCUGGUGACGGUGAAGUUGGAGAAGAGGGGAAGAUCUGCGUUUAAGGAAGGCUAUUGCUUCCAUCGGGUGGUGAAUCCUGUUACGGGGAUGGAUACGGACAAGGUGAAGGGACUGGUGAAGCAGCACGCUGGUGACAAGUAUCGGUGGCUCCAGAUCACAGAUCUGACCAGGCUCAUCUUGAAGGACACGGCGGUGGUGCUGAUUUCGACUGGCGCGAACCACGAGGAGUGGAUCUGUGUGCAGGAGUGCUGCGAGAAGGCGAAUGGGGUUACCUUUGCACAGGCGGCAGAACAUGUGGUCUCACAGAGGCACAGCGAUGGGAUGUCAGCCGGCUUUGCAUCGCGCGCCUCAAAGGCUGGUGUGGCGUUGCAGGCGGCGAAGAAGGAGUUCGGAGUGUGA